UUAUCUGCGCCCGCUACCCCUCCGCCUCGCCGGUGUUGAGCUCGGUUGCUAUGGAGACAGCGUGGUGGGCGUGCCCGGAAGGCGCCCCGUCGCGCGGGCGGGAGGAGUAGGAUUGCUAUGGAUACGGUGUGAGGACCCGGUCGCGGUCCGAACUGAGCCGGGCGAGACUCCGAGCGCCCAUGGGGCCGAAGCGGCCUAAGAGCGGAGGCAGCUCCCCCGGGACCGCCGGAGCCCCUGCCAAGAGCUGGGAGGCCGGGCUGGUGUCCGCCCGCCUGGAGGAGGAUAAUUGGAAGCCUAGCAUUGCUUUUGUUGUUGGGAACAAAAUCGAGGAUGAAGUCCACACACAAGCCUUGUCUCUUGCUGUGCAGGUGCCACAGCGGAAGCUCUUCAGUGAGGUAUCGUGGGAAGGAAUUUUGGGACAGAUCAUGGAAGCUGGAAAUCAAAAGGGAAAAAAGGUUAAAGAGGUGCCUAUGUAUUACGAGGUGAUAGAGGCAGCCAAAGCCAUUCUGGAUAGUGGAGAGCAGCUUCCUGUAACACUGAUUGGAAAACUAUUGAAAUUUCAGCUGCUUUGCAUCAAACAGAAGGACCUGCAGAGAAGAGCAGCUGAAAAGAAGGCAGCAGAAGAGCGAGAGAAGGAGAAAGAAAAAGACAAAGGGAAAGCUAAACCUCCUGGCAAGAAGGAAAAGCCACCCAGUACCAAAUCUGCAGGAAAAGGAGGGAAGGGAAAGAAAGCUGAAGCAGUACCAACAGCAACUACUAUUAAAAAGGACACCACACUAAAGCGACGUGGAGAAGAGGAGGAGGAUGACAAAUAUUUGGAUGAUGAACCAGAUGAUGGUGCCCAAUAUUACUUCAUAAUUUGGGGUUUCCACAACCCUCAGUUACUACCUGUUCUGUCUGAGCUUGGGGUCAGUAUCUCUAAUGUAAUUAAGAUUUCUUCUGAAAAUUACGAGCCAUUGCAGACAUAUUUGGGAGCAGCUAAACUGCAAGAAUCAUCAUUACUUACACCUGAAGUUGUAGAAGCUGAAAAAAGGAAGAAAGCUAAAGCUAUCAAAGAUUUGGAAAUGUUCUGGAAAUACUUGGAGCCAAUUCUGAACAGUGGGAAACAUGGAUCAACUCUCUUUGAUGUUGCCAGACUUCAUCACAUAGUAAAGGAAAAUACCUUUCCCCCAGACUGGACUAAUAGUGACAUGAUGCUUGCAUUUGGAACUGUGCUAUUUGAAAGCAUUGCUUGUUUGAUGUAUGACUGUCUGGACUGGAAAAGACAACAUCAGCACUACUUGGAAAACACCAACUUUAUUAAUGUCCCUGUAAUAACAAAGAACAAACAGGCACAUCCAGCUUCUCCCACUAUCCCUUCAAAGAAGAAAGUACAAACAGAAGAAAUUCUAGUACCAGCAAUUCUACCACAGGAGGAAGAAGUUUCUUUUCUGCCUCCUUAUGUGGACAUGAGGUAUUACAAUGAUCUGCUAAGUCAGAUUCCUGAAGAAUUCAUUUCUGUUCCUUUAAUAAUGAACUGCAUGUUGGAACAGGUCGUUGCAACUGAAGAAGGUCUUACACCACCAAGUCUGGUGGUCCCAGAACCACGAGCAGAUGGGCUGGAUCAUAGCCUUGCAGAGCAUAUAGUCUCAAUCCUUCCCUCUCUUUCCCUCUCUGAGAGUGAAAAAAAGAAUCUCUACAACUCCUUUUUCCCUAAUGACAAUGAAGAAAAGACUGUGGUCCCCAAAUGGCCUCUUCUAUUAAACUAUCAUGAUAUUUUGUCUCAGAGGCUACACCUGCUAAAGGUCCAAGGGGGCUUAAACCCAGAAAAGAUUGAACAGAAUAUGAUGGACAAGCUGCCACUGGUGGAACUUCUUCAAUUCCCCCUUCCUCCACCUGGAAACAACACUAAACGCUUGGCCAGAGUUCAUGAGCUCAUGCAUUAUUGUACCAGUGAACUCUUGAGUUGGGCUGAAGUAGAAAGAGCCUUCAAAGUGUUUACUUUUGAAAGCCUGCGGCUGACUGGGGUGGAUGAUUCUGGCCUCCUGGAGGGCUCAGGAUUGAUGCUUGGAGGUGAUUAUGAAGUAUCUUAUAUUCCAUGGGAUAAUCCGGCCAGGUUUGCAAGACAUCUGAGACAUCUAUCGAUGGUGGAAAACCUGUUUGAUGAGAAAACUCCCAAUGGCUCAGUGCAUAUAGAAAAGAAUGAGAAAUGUGGAGGAGACGGUCUGACUGAUCCUCUUGUAAACAAAAGGUAUGGCCCGGAGACAGAUUUAGUGGAAAUACAAAAGACUCAGCAGCGGCAUUUGACAGACUGGAGUUUUGCUGAACAUUAUGAGCCACGUCUUCUUCUUCAGGUUUUACACAAUGCAACCCAACAAUACAGGUGUAUUGAUUCCUAUUACCACACCCAAGAUAACUCUCUGCUUAUAGUCCUUCACAAUCCAAUGAACCAACACCGUCAGUGCAAGGAAUCCUGGGAUAUUGCAAUGCACUCUGAUGUUGGAUUCAGAAACUAUCUGGAGCUGGUGGCCAACUCAAUUGAAGACUGGGUGACAAAAGAAGAAACCAAAUAUCAGGAAGAAAAAAUGGCUAAGGAACUGGAGAGCCUUAAACUAGCUAAAGGCAUGACAGAGAGACCUCUUGAAGAUAAACCUUGUGCCUCCACUAGCAAAAAAGCUGCAUCUCCUAAGAAAACAAAAAGCAGUACAUCAAGACCGGACAGUAAAGCAGAGGUUACACCGGAACUUCCAGAAAAAAAUCCUUUUGUCAGAGAAGGCUCCCUCAAGGCUUGGAAGGAAGAGCAUGAUCGACUACUAGAGGAAGAACGACUAAGGGAAGAAAAGAAAGCCGAGAAGAAAGAUAAGUCAGGUGGUAAAAAGAAAGGACAGAGCAAGGAGAUACCAGUGCCUGAUGACAGCAAGGGGUCCAAGACAAAAUCUUCCAAGGAGAAGUCUAAAGAUGAGACAGCAAAAACCCCUGAACUUGAGGAGCAUAGUACCCCAGCACUACCCUCUGAGAAAGUUUAUGAGUUUCUUGGCUACAAUGUGGGGGAGGAUCUCAUUCAAGUCUCAGGGACCAGUCAAUAUCUUUUCCCCACUGAUGGAGGACAGAUCCAAGCAGAAAAGAUAAAAUUUGAAAAGGGGAUAACUCUGGUAAAAAUGAAGGUGGUAAAGGAUCGCCACAGUUUCUUCAUUCAUAUCACAGACCCCAAGAAAAGCUUGAAAGAAAGUGAAGGACAAGAAAUGAGCAACUGUUUGGAAGGGCAGCAGAAUGAGCCAGGAAAAUUAAUAAAUCAAAAGAAAGCUGUGAGCAAGUUUGGAUCUUUUUCAGCCACUUUGGAAAAUGGAAUCCAGCUAUCCUUGAGCUACUAUGGAGCUACAGGAAAAGCAGCAGAUGAUACAGACCCUGACUUAGCAACAAUUCUGAAUAUCCCCUCCGUACAUAUUCCAACUGUUGCUCCCGCUCCUAUUGCUGCUUCCACUUCUUCAGGAAAAAGCAACAAGUCACUGAAACAAAAAUCAGCAAAAUCUCUGCAGUCUGCCAAAGGGAGCCAUAUCAAGUUAAUCACUCCACCACCGGAAGAGUCUCCAAAGCAAGAAGAGAAAAAGGUAGAAAUAGAACCACCAACACCUGAAACACAAGUGGUGCCAGAUGUCCCUGUUUUCCAGACUUUGAAUGCCUCCUGCCCCAAUGGGCUGGUAUUGACUUUCCUUGGUCAAAAUUCUAUAGAUUUGAAAGCUGGGUCUAAGGAAGCUGAAGCUAAGGCAGAUGAAGCCAACAAAAGUGAAACCAAGGCAGAUGAGGCCAAGGAAGAUGAGGCCAAGGCAGAAAAAGCCAAGCAACCUACUCUGGAAAUCCUAGUUAGGCAGAGUUAUCCCUUAAGGGUGAAACACUCCCAUCUGUACAAAGCAGUGAAGAAACCAGUAGAACAGGAAGUGUCUAGAGUCAUUACCAGCCAAGGAACUGUCGUAAAGUACAUGAUUGAUGGAUCCACCCAGGUUCUUUUUCCUGAUGGCACGGUGAUCAAGAGUCCCGAUUCUGUUCUAACACCAUCACCUGCAGUUAGUACACGAUCAUCCAUUGUUGAGAAUAGCCUACAGACCCAACCAUUGCCAAAACCAGAGCCUUCUACUGAGAUCAGCACUAAAAAAGGAAAGGGUGGCCACAAAGGUAACACAGCACCAGCAGCCAAGUAUGAGUUGUCUGAAUCUGCUGUUCAGGAACUCCUGCCUACUGUGCUACAACCCGUAGACAACCAGUUAGGCACCUGGAUAACAACCACCCCAUCAGGCAUCCAAGUGGGCACCAAGGGAGCAAACAGAAUGGACCUGAAGCCACUGUUAACUUAUCAGGCAACUGACCCAGUUAAUGGAAUGGUUAUGAUAAUGCGAGAAGACAAGGUGCUAAUGGUUCAGAAAAUGGAUGAUACCAAGAUAGUGGAUCAUGCUGAUGGUACUAGAAUCACCACGUUUUAUCAAGAUUAUGAGGAACCUUUUGUAUCUGAGGAUAAUGAAGAAAUAGGUGAAUCCCCACAAACCAUCAGAAGGAAAGUAAAAUGCAUACGCGUGGAGAAUCCUGACUUUGCUACGGUUAUAACAAACUGUGAAGACAGCACCUGUUGUAUCAUCUUUGGAGAUGGGACAUCUAUUAUAGCAAAGCCACAGGGAACGUAUCAGGUGUUACCCUCCAGUACCGGCUGCCUUUUCAUUGAUGACGAUUGUUCAGCAGUUUAUUCCCAUGAGAUUUUCAAUAAAACUCAGCUUCUCUGCGAGCGUGAGGAGAAACGAGCAGGGAGAUACGUUAUGAAACACACCUCCAAUGUUAUCUGUGAGGUGCUGGAUCCUGAAGGAAACCUUUUCAAGGUCAUGGCUGAUGGCAGCACAUCUGUGUUCAUUCCCAGCAUUGAUUCUGAUGGUGAGGAAGAUGGAUACUUAGUACCAAUACCAAAAGAAGUUCAUACUCCUGUCACAUAUGGUGAACAUGCCCCCAGGUUCUUCAUUGUCUACGCUGAUGGUUCAGGGACUGAACUCCUUCGGAACAGUGACAUAGAAGAAUACCUUGCUUUGGCAUAUGGUGAUCCAGCUACUGCAGUCUUGCAGGAGCCAGUACAAGAAUGUCCAGGUGUUCUAAGUAUUACUGUUCUCCGUCCAUUGACUGAAACUUCUCCCUGGGUAAUGAAGAGAGAAUCAUCCAAUAUUGUUCCUCCUAGCCUCCAGUCCAGGAACUGGGAUACAUUUCCUCCAUUUGAGAGGAAGAUUCCAGGUCCACCAUUUGGCACACAUAUUUGGAAAGGUCUGUGCAUAGGAUCCAAAGAGCUGACUGGCUCUCCAGCACCUGUACUAAAAUGCCCUAAUGUGCUACAAAUCCGUCAGCUGAUCCAGUAUGAGCCAAUCAGUGAUGAGCUGAGACUGAAGCUGCAGCUGUCCCUCAAGGAAUACAUAGAUUACAUCCUGAAGCAGGAAGAUGAGAUGCAAGAGAUGACCAUUAAAGAACCAAGAACAGAGGAAGAGAAGGGUAAUGCUGCUGACCUCCUCAAACUGGUUAUGUCUUUCCCUAACUUGGAGAAAUCAUCUGAAGAUCUCAACACUAGAGCUCAGAUAGUUGAGUUAUAUGAGCAGGCUGUGGAUUCUCAGCUCCAAAGUCCACCAAGGAAGACAGUAUCAAAGCAAACUGAAGACUACUGGCAGAGUUUCAGCAAGGACAGAUUAACGCAGGUAUCUCACUGGCAGACAAAAUUAGAGCAGUCCAGGCAGGAACUUGAUGAAGGAAGGAAGUGCCUAAUAGGAAUAAGAAACAGAAUAAUUCCACCCUAUUUUGAAUCUGAACUCGGCAAGGAAUUUCUCCUGAAAAAGUUCCCUGAUGUGGAUUCACUUUCUAAAGAACUUCCUCCGUUUCCAAAGAAAGAGAGAGAGGAGCCGUCUUUGGAGACAGUCAAAGAGUUUUUUAGGAGUACGUCUGAGCUCAGUGCAGAACCUACAGGUCUGUUUGUCCCAACCAGUGAUUCCCCACACUCACUGAAUCCUCGGACACACUGUCCUUCAGCACAGACUGAAGUUUCCAACAGAGCAGAAGUGGGAACAGCUGUGUGCACAUCCGGGAUACCCUUCCAGUCUCACGCCCAGAGCUUGCUGGUGGAUGCUGCGGAGCAGCCAAGAAAAGAGAAGGUGAAAUUACCAUUAUCAAUCCAGGGGUGCAAGCCAGAAUCUGUACCCAAUGAAAAGGUAGAAGAUCUGGUUGGGGGAAAAGUCAACACAUCUUCUGUUGCAACAGCAACUCAGCAUCUUUGUGGAUUCCAUCUCAUCCCACCUAAAGUGAUAUUUGGGGUGCUGAAGGAGGGUUAUACUUAUGCCGUCACAGUCACUCUGAAAAAUGUUGGAGUGGACUUCAUAAGUGGCCUCCAGGAGGUGUUCCACAAUGCCCAUCAUGACAGCUCUGGUCAGCGGUUUGAACUCCACUGCUCUGAAGCCAAGUACACAGGCAUGCACCACUUCCCCUUUAAAGGCCUGGGAAUUUUUGAAAUUCCACUUCCUGUUUGCUCAGCAUGGACAGCUCACAUCACAUCUUCCCAGCUGACCAUGCCAGCUCCCCGCAGUAAAUGUGUUCCCCCCUGAAGUACUCCGGGGUUGUUGGAUCUGCUGGGUCUGUGGGGAGAAGAGGCUGUGCAAUCCCAGCUCCACUCCAGCCGUAGGAACUUUGAUACUUAUGGGCAGAUUGUUGGAGAAGGGGCACGAAAGGGACACGCAUCAGUGCUGUGCUAAGAUCAAGGAGCUGAGAAAGUCAUACCAGAAUGCAAGGGAGGCAAACUGUUACUCUGGUGCCGAAGACCUGCCAUCCUUGGUGGCAACCCCAUUUCCAUCCCCAAGAGCUCCAGGGAUACUUCUAGGGCGCUGGAGGCAGCAGACAGCAGAGUCAACCCUGAGGGCGAAGUGGUGGGCAAGGAAGUGGAGUUGGAGGAGGAUGUGGGACAGGCGACAAGAUUGUCUAGUAGUGUGGUGAGCCAGGACCUCUUUUUGACUGGAGGGGUCUACCCACUCACAGCACUCCAGCAGUUGGUGCCUGAUGCAGGAGAAGGAAGCUCUGGUAAGUACUCAUUUUGAUUUGGUACUGCACAGUGCCAUGAGGUAGAGCUGUCCUUUAUUUUGUGAUAUGUUAGAAGUGGGAUAAGGGAUAGAAAUGAACAAGACUAGCACUGUUUCUGUCUGCUUCCCAUUCUUCUAUGCAGCUAUGCAGUGGGGGCCCUGCAGAAAAUUUGGUUAAUGCAGAUCAGGAUUUCAUGGGAAUCCUCUAUAGUGAGCUCUAGGAAACUUUCCUGCAGGUACUCUGCAAUUCUCUGCCGAAGGUUCCUUGGCAGAGCUGCUUUGUUCCUUCCCCCCGCUGUAGGAAACUUUGCUGCACCAAUUGGUAAUUACUGCUGCAGGAACCAAAGUGAACAGCAUACGGACCAGGUCUGAAGCUGCACGCAUGCAGGAGAUGCACCCUUGCAUCCUUGGUUACCCUGAGAAGUGAGAUAUCAGCUUUGAUCACCCCUGCCAGUGGAAAAUGGUGCCAGAAUUUACAAUAGUACCCCUAGGCGCUUGUAGUGAUCCCCUUUGUUAACCACCCAGACCCUUUUCCCCAUCGAAUCACCAUGUUUAGGGCACUCACCAAGCUGCGUGCUUGCCAAGGGACAGUGAGAAAGAGGUGUAUUUGACUGUUGUGAUUCAAGGCUGUAAGUGCACUCACAAUACUGCCUCUAUUUAUCAUUUCUUGUGCUUCUGCAGAUGUGCCCUUGUGGGGUACCUCCUACACACAGGGGGAGCACCUCUGCCAGGCUAAGGAGGUGAACCAGGAGGAGUAAGGAGGACAUGUUUAAAGAAGUGCUGUAAUCAUCUGAUGCUGUAGAUCAUGAUUACAGGGCAUGAAGAGAGACAAUUAAUGAAAAAUUAAAAAUGGAUAGCCAGGAGAGGAAACGGGCAGGAACGGAUGAUCGAGCUGAUGGAGGACCAAACAGAGAUGCUGAGGUCCCUGAUUACACUGUAGUCAGAACACAAGCAUUCUCGACUUCCUCUGCAGCCCAUACAGAACCACGUUCCAUGCCCUUCCCAAAUUCCCCACACAUAUUCCUUGCAAGUUCCCAACCUGUCACAGUACCCCUUGCACUCCACCCCGAGGGACAGGUUUCAGAAUCAAAACAAUGAGGAGUCCUUGUGGCACCUUAGAGACUAACAAAUUCAU